CGUACUCUCUGUCGCGAAAGCGGCCGCUGCUGCCAGGGUGUCGUCAGUGGAUGAUCUGCGCUGACGUGGAGCGACGACAUCCAGCCGCACCGUCACCGGUGACGACGAGCUCGACGUGAAAAGUUUUCGAGACAAGCAACCAUGGACGACUCGUCCCAACUGGAUGACAGCAUGAACGACUCGCUCUCAGACGACGAGGAGGAGGAGGAGGAGGACCAGGAUGAAGGACCUUUUUCCCAAGUCUCUCCUCACAGGAAGACUCAGACCUCCGUCAUACAGUCACCACACCCUCUAAAUCCUGAGGUAACUCCGGCUAACGAGUCAGACGGCGUCACUCACAAGAGACGAGAGCUGCUCUCCAGACGUCCAUCUUAUCGAAAAAUCCUCAACGAGCUCGCAUCGGACGCUUCGUCGGUUCCUAAAAUCGACGAGGAGGAGGAGGAGGCGGCGAUCGCAAGCGUGGACUCUGGUUCCAAGCCAACCAUCUACCAGAACAGCUCAGGACAAUACAUCGCCUUCGCUCAGGGUAGAACCAUCCGGCUGAGUGGCACCGGAGCUGAGGCUCUUCAGGGGAGUCAAACUCUGAACCCGCAACCUGGUGGUGCCAUCCUGCAGUGUGCUGCCUCACAGGGCGAUGCCCCCAAGCAGUUCUUCAUCCAGGGAGGACAGAUGCUCAUUCAUGCCGCCACUGGAGACAUCCCCGCCUAUCAGCUGCGCUCGCCCAACACAGGUUUGAGCCACACCAUCGUGAUGGCGCCGUCACCGAGCGCCACACAGAGCCCGUCGUCGCAUCACACCGAGGAGGUCACGCGCAAGAGGGAAGUGCGGCUCAUGAAAAACAGGGAGGCGGCGCGAGAGUGCCGGAGGAAAAAGAAAGAGUACGUGAAAUGUCUAGAAAACCGCGUGGCUGUGCUGGAAAACCAAAACAAGACGUUGAUCGAGGAGUUGAAAGCUCUGAAGGACAUUUACUGCCACAAGGGGGAGUAAGGGCGCCCUCACACCUGCCGCCGCCUGCCGCCCGUCAAACCGUCGUGACUGUAUCUGCUCACUCAGGCCUUUCCUAAUGCUGCAUCCACCCCCUCCAGUGUGUCAUGGGAAUGCUCCAGUUCUCUUUGCGGCUUUUUUUUCCCCACACAGAGGAACUUAAAAAAACGUCGCGCAAGAUGAGAGGAACACAGGGAGACUCCCAGGAACCCGAACGCACCUUUUGUGUUACGCUACAUUCACCCUGAAGACGCCAAGAGACGGGAAGUAGCAAGUGUUCAUUUUUAAAGCUGAAGUAAGGAAUAAUUGUCGUUUCUUUUUGGUGUAAACUGUGAUUGAAUUCAGAAGCCAUUGUUGUGCAUGCGUACAGGAAGCGGAUAAACAUGUGACACCAUUUAGAAGCUCAACAUGCUAAGCUGUUAGCCGUUUGUGCUAAAUGCUAACAGAACUCAUCUGUUUUGUAAUGUUCUUAACCAUAACACCGAAGCUGACACCCAAUGUGUACAGGCUGGUCCACCCACAUAUCCCGAGUGUUAAAACAGGUAAUGUGGGUGUUGCCACGGUAACCAGAGUGAUGCCACACAGCUUAUUUUUGAAGCCGUUAUUUUCAGUUUAAACUCACAUAUCGUCGGUAUAUAUCGUAUAGUACGGAGGUGCCCCAGCUGCGGCCCCCGCCAGCGUCAACAAUCUGGCCCGCGGGACAUCCCGAGUUGAAAAAAAUAAAUAAGCGGCAUACGUCAGAACAAA